AUGGAACAAGCUCUAAAAGCGGAGGUCAACAACUUGACUGUGGCAGAUGCUUUCAUUUACAGGCUCGCGGCGGAUCUAUACUGGAUCUCGGGUCCUUCGGCUCGACUGGGGCGAAUAGCUGGUGCCGUCAUAGGCUCAGGUGAACGCCUACAAUUCGAAAGCCCUACCUCUCACCAAAAUACAUCAUACGAAACACAGAACUUCCUACCGUUGCUGAAAUGCGAUACAGCAAAUUCCACUGUGCGGGAGGAUGUCUGGCGAUUGGUGAACGACACAGAAGUGGACACUGCCUGGGUUCAUAACAUGACCGCAGGCAGCUUGAAAUGGGCGACCUCUGAACACAGUGGGGAGGUUGGUUACCUUGGAACUAUUUACCCUAGGCGUCUAGAGGGUGGCAACUCUGGUGGUUUGACGUGGAAUGAAACCGAGUCAACCACGAGACAUUACGUCUUUGCUAUACAAAGACAGCCAACAGAGCUCGAGUACCAGUCCGAUACAGAAUACCUAUCGUGUGUCUUAUGGAACGCCUCUGUUUCAUAUACCGUAAAGAAGCAGAAUGGGAUCGUCGCCAUUGGAGAUAUUCAUCGAGAAUACAUCAACGAGUUUGAACCGCUGGAAGCCUACGUUGAUGAUCGAAGCGCAUGCAGUAUCUGCGAGGGCUCAGGAGCUCCCGCUUAUUCCGGAUACUCGAUAGCACUAUCGAAAUAUUUGCUCGGAUACAUCGCUUGGAAUCAAGACAAUACGCGCCAUAGAUAUUUAACAGUUGGCUCACUUGGCACGACAUCUCUUUCCACGGGAGCGCAGUUCUACAACAUGAACCGCAAUAUGAACGAGGCUGGUUUGGUCAUCGGCACUAUCCAGAACCCUUCAAAUGUCCGGAACAUCUCUUUCCGUGAAGAUGUCGAAGCAUUUGCGUUGAACCUGUCAUUAAGUAUAAUCAACGAUGCUUCGCUCUGCACCUCUGGUCAGCAGCUGAAAGCAAACCAGGUCAAGGAAGCGCUCGGAGAUUCUCAGGCCCGUGUAGCACAGCCGCUGAACAACAAAACCGCGAAGAUCAAACUGAGAUUUGAUGCAAAAGAAGGUUUUGUGCUCGGUAAGCGCCGGCAGGCCAGCGAAAGUUGA